AUCAAUUCCACACUCACCAGUCUGAGAAAUCCAAAUCUCCAUUUUCACGAAGCAAACGAAACCCUAGGAAAUCAGAUCUCCGAUGGCUCUAGAGUGGGUGGUGCUAGGCUACGCCGCCGGCGCAGAGGCCGUGAUGGUCCUCCUCCUCACGCUCCCCGGCCUCGACGGCCUCCGCAAGGGCCUCGUGGCCGUCACGCGCAACCUCCUGAAGCCGUUCCUCUCGGUGGUGCCGUUCUGCCUCUUCCUCCUCAUGGACAUCUACUGGAAGUACGAGAACCGGCCGAACUGCGACGGCGACUCCUGCACGCCGUCGGAGCACCUCCGCCACCAGAAGUCCAUCAUGAAGAGCCAGCGCAACGCGCUUCUCAUCGCCGCCGCGCUCAUCUUCUACUGGCUGCUCUACACCGUCACUCACCUUGUGGUCCGGAUCGAGCAGCUCAACCAGCGCGUGGAGCGAUUGAAGAAGAACCAGGACUGAGUCGGAAUCGGUCUGUGUGUGUUUUCUCUGAUCUUGAAAUGUGGAUCUUGUUUCAAUGUGAAUCGGUUAAGAGAUAUUUUGUGUUUGUGUUGCGGAGAUAAUUGCGUUUUAUUAUAGUGCCUUUUGAUCAGUUUUCGGAAUUCUAGCUAUGUUAUGCUAUAGUGUUGUUCGCUAGGGUUUCGUACUCAAAUUCUGAAAUUUAAGGACUAAUUUUCAUUCUGUGACUAUGAAUGUGUGAUUUAGACCAACGAAUGUUCAUACUCGAUAAUAUUUUGCUCUUAGGCUGCU